CACACACACGCGCGCGCGCGCACACGCACACGCACACACACAGGUAUCACGGAAGUGGCGUCACGGAGCACGGGAAGAGAGGAGGGGGUUUGGGAUGAAGCGUUUCAGAGAGCAAGAUGGCAGCAAAAUCCGAUGGCGCGGGGGUCGUUACCGGUUUCGCGCAGCUGCACAACCUGGACGAGGCGCUCGGCGACGACGAUGGGCUGGACAGCUCGGCCAUACACAUCUGCCACUGCUGCAACACCUCGUCAUGUUACUGGGGCUGCAGGAGCGCGUGUCUCCAGACGCUUUUGGGCGAACGCGACGCUGGAGAGCGCGGGCGGCCGACGCAUCAGCAGCCGCCGGAGGAGCGCCUGUGGCUGGACUGCCUCUGGAUCAUCCUCGCGCUGCUCGUCUUCUUCUGGGACGUCGGGACGGACUUGUGGCUGGCUAUGGACUACUACUCCAAACGGGACUAUCUGUGGUUCGGGCUCACCCUGUUCUUCGUGCUGGUGCCGUCGGUGCUGGUCCAGAUUCUGAGCUUCAGGUGGUUCGUCCAGGACUGCACGGGCGGUGGGCUCGCGGGCGCGGAGGGGCUCAGCAGAAAAGCCACGGCCGAUCUCAGCUCGCGCAUCUACGGCAGGGACAGGUGCUGUGUGAUCUCCAUAUGGAUAUGGCAUGCCUGUGUGCACAUCCUUCAGAUGGGACAAGUGUGGAGGUAUAUCCGCACGCUGUACUUGGGUAUCCAGAGUCGGCGACAGAAGGAACACAGGCGGCGCUUCUACUGGGCGAUGAUGUACGAGUAUGCUGACGUCAACAUGCUCCGUCUGCUGGAGACGUUUUUGGAGAGUGCCCCCCAACUGGUGCUACAACUCUGUAUAAUGAUCCAGAAGAACCAGGCCGAGACACUGCAGUGUGUCUCCUCCGUUGCCUCCCUGCUCUCGCUGGCCUGGGUCCUGGCUUCGUACCACAAGCUCCUGCGCGAUUCCAGAGAUGACAAAAAGAGCAUGAGCUACAGGGGCGCGCUGAUCCACAUCUUCUGGAGGCUUUUCACGAUAACCUCUCGGGUGCUCUCCUUCGCCCUCUUCGCUUCCAUCUUCCACAUCUACUUCGGCAUCUUCGUGGUUGUGCACUGGUGCGCCAUGGCGUUCUGGAUUGUGCAUGGAGGCACUGAUUUUUGCAUGUCCAAAUGGGAAGAGGUGCUCUUCAACAUGGUGGUGGGCAUCGUCUACAUCUUCUGCUGGUUCAACGUGAAGGAGGGCCGAACACGGUACCGCAUGGUGAUCUACUACUUUGUGGUGCUUGCCGAAAACACGGUGCUUACUUGCCUGUGGUACGCCUACCGAGACCCAGUCAGCACUGACUCCUACGCAGUGCCGGUGCUCUGCGGAGUUUACCUAACCUUCGCCUCAGGGGUGGUUUUCAUGGGCAUCUACUAUGGGUUCCUUCAUCCGAUGGGACCUAAAAUAAGGGUGCUAGCUAGCUCCUGUUGUGCCGAGCUUCUCUGGGGACUUCCGUUACCCCCGGAGGCCGAGCCCAUGGCACCCACUCCUGGUCCGCGAGCGUCCCAACCCACUCCCUCUCGGGCUUCCAUGGGGGCCUUUGGCCAACCGGAUGAUACCACGGCAGACACCUGCCUGCCCGUGUUUCAGGUGCGCUCGCCCGAGCCCACCACUCCCUUGGGCCGUUACAGGCCGGAGGGACCUCUGAUCAAGAUCGACAUGCCCAGGAAACGCUACCCGGCCUGGGACGCGCACUUCGUGGACAGGCGCUUGAGAAGGACGAUAAACAUCCUGCAGUUCAUCACGCCCGCGACCGUCGGGAUCAGGUACAGGGACGGACCGCUGCUGUACGAGCUCCUGCAGUACGAGUCAUCCCUGUGAUGGCUGGCUCUCUCCGUCAUUUAGUUUCAGAUCUGCCACAUUUCUCAAAAUGCAUGCCAUUUUGGUUUCCGUAUAAAUGAUAUAAAUGUGUGUAAAAGAGUGUAAGCAUCAAGCAUUGCACUUUUUUCUUUUACGUGAAUAGCCUCCUGAAGAUGUGUACAUAUUUUAUAUGUAUAUACUGUCUCUUUUUUACAAUAUCUGUGUCCCCAUGAAGGUAUGUAUAGGCGCUUUUCCACUGCAUAGUACGGUACGGUUCGGUUC